AUGGUGGCAAUUUUCAAUUUCGAGAGUAUGGUUACUCUUAUUUUGCUGUCAAUCUGCACCUGCGCUUACAUCCGCUCUUUUUUCCCCAGCCUUUUGGACAAGCAUAAAACUGGCUUCCUCGGCAUCUUCUGGAAAUUCGCCCGAGUCGGCGAACGACUAUCUCCUUAUGUUUCCCUAGCCUGCAUUAUCCUCGGUCUCAAGAUCAUGUUUUUCUCGUAA